AGUGGUAUGGUAUGUCUGGGUGACACUGCUAACAUCGUGUACGCAACCUCCCUCAGUUCACAUUUUCCCGCUUUUUGCCUCCUCAAAUCACGACAAAACAAGCUCUUCUCUUCUACAGGCUCGUUCCCACAAGAAAUAGUCCUACACUUCAAGGGACAUGUCUUGAACCUCCUCACCCUCCACAUCUCCUCCUCCUACAUCAAAACCAUCUCCCUCUUCAAGUCAGUUAAAGACAAACCCAACUCUUGGGAACCAAUGAAAACGUACAUGUUCGAUGAUGACUGUGUACAGAUGCAACGUAACUCCCUGGAUUUACAAGCCGUAACAGCUACUUAUCUCAAAAUAGUGAUAGGAGCGGGUUUCAGCAACUUUGUUGCUGUGUAUGAUUUAGAUAUCAAAAGUAAAACUGUAACUUCUUCUCUGUAGGGAUGGAUAACUUGUAGACAUUAAACAUGUGACAUGGUAUUUUCGUUUGUCUAACUUUGUUUCAGAUAGCUAUAGGUUGAUUAAGUUUAUAUAAUUUGAAUACGAAGCUCGUUACUUAUCACCGAUCACGUGGUCACUUUCGUCUUAACGUAAAUUCAGACGUUUAAUUUAUCUCAGAAACAUUUAUUUUUGUCAUACAGAAAAAUGUUAUGAUAUGUAUUAUUAUAGUAUGUAAGUAGCAGAACAUUUUUUACUCUUCAGUAAUUUACAUGUUAAAAGCCGUAAUUUAAUUAUUUAUUUGUAGGUUCAAAUUAUUGGCGAUUAAGAGACGAGUGCUAUAUAAUAUACAUAAUAUGUGCAGUGUAAAUAAUACAAAUAAAAUCUUGUGUAAAUGAUAUAUUGGAUGGAGCCAGAGAUCAUAUUAUUUAUUAUUGUUUUAUACGUUUCUAUAACAAGUCUCGUCAUUUUCGUCCACGAUAGUAAAGAAACUACUGAAAUUUAUAUUAUUUUGAUAUCCAUAAUUUAUCAUUAUUUAACUAUUCGUAUUUAUAUGCGAAUAGUUAAAUAAUAAUAAAUUCCAAUCUGCUAGAUCAAGGAUGAAAGGGUGGAACAUCUUGCAACGGGAGGACAGCACGGUUGAGCUGCAGUCAAUAAAGGGAGAAGAGUUGACAGAUGUUCUUGAAGAGUUUGCCAUGGAACACCAGAUAGACCCCCUCCCAGUCAUCAACAAAAGCACUGUCAUCCUCAAGAACAUUAAAAAUUUACUGGUCGAGAUAAAGUGUAAUGUUGAAAACUACGACUGCGAUGAAGAAUUGGGGGGUGUUGUAAUGAGUGCCAGAAAGGUGAACCUGACCAUGAACCAGUAUCUCGGUUCAAUAUCACCUCCUACUGACCCUGAUCUCUGUGAUGCCCGACUGGUUGCCAUGUCUUUGGCUCUGGACAACCUUGUUCUUGUUACCAGCAGCAUCCUUACCGGCUGCCAGUGGCUCCAGGAUUCUCUACGAGAUAUAGACGAGAAAAUCACUGAUUUGAGGGAAUAUUUGAAUCAAGAAACAGAGGACGUCGAGCUCACCAAGGUCUAAAAUCUAAAGCUUACCGCUAUUGAGAGAUGUGACUGAUAAUAUUGUGACUAAUUAAGACUCCACCCGUUGAUAAUUUUGAUUUGAGGUUCCGCUCACAACCUUUAAAAAUUUAAGAGAUUAUCAUUUUUAUUUGUGUCUUACUGUGACUUUUUGAUAAAAAUUAUUUAACCUGUUUGCGGUCUGACGUCUAUUUGCACUAACCACAAUGAUUCUGGAUUGACUCGCUUAAAUUUACAGUCUGUAGUUCUGCUUGUUGUUCAUUAGGAGGACUAUUUUUAAAGCAAGCAAACUUAACGUGUAGGAUGCGUUAUCGCCAGAGGCAGUGUAUUAUACAUCAAGAUAAACAUUGAAUAUUGUUUUGGACUUGGUCCAAUUUAUUUUUGAUAUAUCGUAAUUUUUUUAUCUUUAACAUUUUAUGUUAUUUUAUAACUAUGGUUUAACAUGAAUUUGAAUGAUGCGAUGAUUUAAUGUCUAAAAUGGGACAUCAUAUGAAUGGGCCGAAGGGUUAUUUAGUAAAUGUCGGUAAAAUCACCAUAAAAUUCUAGUAAAUUAUUUUAGAUUUUAAGAUUGAUAUUGGGGGUACUGGCCAUCGGCAGUUUUUAUUUUCCCUGCUUUGUAUUAUUGUCUGAAAGAGUUCAUGCUUUUCUAUACCUUCUCAAAAAUCACUUUAUUCCAAUUUUUAA